AUGGAGCGCAUGGAUGACGAGGGCCGCCUCCUCUUCUCCGUGGAGGUUCUGCUGGCGAACGUUCCCAGUCUCAUUGCAGACCUCAGCUCCGCCAAGUACACGCUCCUCAGCUUCUCCGAUAAGUCGCGAAACGAGGUGAAGCAGAAGACCGCACUAAUUCCGGCGGUAAAUGAAGCUUUCUGCGAGCUAAUGCAGACACGGCAUCGCUUGCAUAAUGAGCAGCAGCAUUUGAAUGAGCUCGAGACGAGGCUCGUACAGUCAGCGCCGCCCAAGUUUGUCUCUGUGGAAGAGGCCCACUCUGCGGCUAGCCCUAGCCACGUCGAUCACCACACCACGAAGAAGAAUAAUUGCGAGCGUCGCUACGGAGUCGACGCGGAGGAGCGGAUAGUGGACUAUGCUGGUCCGUCACCGCCAGCACCCGAUUCCGAAACGCAAUCAGGAGAGGAGNCGUCGAGCCAAAACCAUAACAAUGACACGAACAACAGAAAUGACAACAGAGACAAUGUCCACAGUAGUGCACGGAUUGACGCUCCCAAUCAGGCCAUAAUCACGCUGAACCCUGAGGACCUGAAGAAGGUACGGGAUGCUGAGUCACUUUUAAAUGAGGAGCGCGAGGAACUGGUGCGUCUCUCCAAAGAGACGAAUGGAAUGGAUAACCGACUAGAGUCUGACCGCGUCCGCUGCGAGGAUAUGACGCAGCAUGUGCAGAAGCUCAAGUGGGAGUACGAAAAGGUCCGUGCGGCACUCACGGCGGUGAAGCACGAGCGUAGCAUGUAUGCCCUGCUGCAGCAUGAAUGGGAGACACGGCAGCAGAUAAGUGAAGAGGCGCUGCGCGGAAUAAGUGAGAUGCACGCGAAGUGCCGUGAAGAGGAGCUCGCUAUCCUUACACGUUACCUCGACGAUGUGCGGGUGGGCAUCGCCAGCAGCCGCAUGGAAUUAGAAAAGAAGAAGCGUGUCAACGAAGUGGAACUGGCAGUAUACCAGAUCGCAUACAAGGAGCAGCAGGCUGCUGCGGAGGAGGUGAAGGACGUUAUGGCCCAUCUCCAUCACCACCAGUGGGAGUUGGAACUGCUAGCGAAGCGGCAGGAGGCUGAGGAGGCUAGGCGGAACACUAUCCGUCGCUUAUUAAUGGCCUCUCUGCGCAUGUCGCCAGAUUCCAGUGAUGCAGCGGUAGCCACGCGUGAACUCACGGAGGUGCAGCUCGCGGAGGUACGGGAGGAGCACCGGCCUGUUAGUGUACUGGCAACGCGCAUUGGCGUGAUGGAGGAGCGGCGGCGCGCCAUGGCGGCGGUGUUGCAGCGCGUCGCCUCAGCCGAAAGCGACGCCACAACCAUGAUGUGUGCACUAAGGCAAGUGCAGGAUCUGCUUGCGGAGGACAUCGUCAUUGACGAGGCAACGCUGCAGUGA